AUGGAAGACAAGAGCGGCGAGCGUGAGAAACAUCAAGUCAUCGUCGCCCGCACUCCCAGCUCCACUCAGUGGACUGAUAUCAUCAAGAAGAACAAGACUGGUAACGCCAAAGAGCCGCCACUCUUUCGCCAUAGUAUAGAGUUCACCUUACGAGAGCAAAGCUCGAAUUCAGCCCCUCAAGUUGGCACCGCACGUUACCUCGUGGUUGGUUAUGCCAAACCCAAUCUCGACAAGGUGAAGUACAGAACUUCGCAACCUGGCGUCACCAAACAGAUUGUCGGUCUCCAUAGACCGAGUGAGGUCCUUCUCUGGGAGGACGAUGAACACCCCACUGUGUACGUCGUCACCCCUAUCCAAGAUACCCAACCCGAUCAGCUCAAAUUCUAUGUUCUGCUUAAGCCAGAAAAUGAAAUCUGCUCUGCAUAUGCUCCCACGCUGCUGGGGGUGUGGUCUUAUUGUGGCUCUUACUCAUCCUUGUACCGAAGAGCUCGCCCAGAGGAACAUUAUACCUCAUGA